CUAGACGAAGGGUGCGUUUUUCUAUUAAUAUUGUAGUUAUAAUAUUGCCUCAGUAUCAUCCGAUAUCGAAGUGAAUGUUGCCAUUCCUUCGCUAUAUGGUCGCAUGUGUAUUGAACGCUGCGUAAAGGUGACUGAAUGAGACUCUCAAGAACUGACUGUGCUUGCUUACUCUGCUUCGACGAACGUUUGUGGGAGGACUGUUAUGCGUCUGUGCGGAUGUCGAGUCUGAAGCUAUAGCUCGUCUAGAAUAAGGGCUUUAAAUUAAGAACUAAGCGGGCGACCUGCUCAAGGGUGAGGGAGGGUGACUGUUUUGUAUCUUGCUCGACCAGGAGGAGGGGGAGGAGGGAGGACGGAUAAUGAGCUAUUCUUGUACUAACACAGGCAAGAGCCAGGACCCAUCUAGCGCUAAGAAGUCCGGUGGUAAUAAUCCCGGCAGUUGCGGUGGUAGCGGAGAAACCAGCAGCAGCAGCAACAACAGCCACAAUAAUUGCGGUAGCCAGGCGAACGCGAACCCCAAUUCAGCCGAGGCGAUGAAAGUCAAGGUGGGCUGCAACACGACAGACGUCGGGGUACCAGCUACCACGGAGGAGGAAUUGCAGGCGAAUACGAUAAUUACACCCGAGGAUGUAUUGGGUUUACAGAAGAUCACUCAAAACUACCUGUGUGGCCCCGAGGACAAUGUGUACAACAUCGACUUCACGAGAUUUAAGAUCCGGGACAUGGAGACGGGAACAGUCUUGUUUGAGAUCACCAAGCCUCCCUCCUCCACAGACAAGCGAGACGUGGACCCAAACGCUGGACGUUUUGUGCGGUACCAGUUCACCCCUGCGUUCCUGAAACUACGCCAAGUCGGAGCCACUGUGGAGUUCACAGUGGGCGACAUCCCCAUCAAUAACUUCCGCAUGAUCGAGAGGCACUACUUCCGGGAGCAGCUGCUGAAGAGCUUUGACUUUGAGUUUGGCUUCUGCAUCCCCAGCAGCAAGAACACCUGCGAGCACAUCUACGAGUUCCCUCCCAUCUCCGAGGACACCAUGCGUGAAAUGAUCCUCCACCCUUACGAGACACAAUCAGACAGCUUCUACUUCGUGGACAACAAGCUGGUCAUGCACAACAAAGCCGACUAUUCUUACAGCGGGGGACCCUAGACGUCUGUGCGCUGUGGAGGGAUGGGAGGGCAGUCAGGGAAGACCUUAGGACCAAUCAUAUGCCAUGUGUCCACCACCACCCAUUGGCCAGUAUUUAUGUUUCCUCCAUCACUUGGCUCACUGACUUGCAGUGAAAAAAAAAAAAAAAACAUACG